GGUUCAAGACUAGGUGUUGGAUCAGCUGGUAUCAGGUGGGGCUGCGAGGCCGGCUCUGAGAGCCCCAGAGAUGCGGGGGCUGGGAGAGGGCCAGGGAGACCCUUGGACUUGGGCUCCCUGGAGGACACGUGGAUGCCAGGCUGGGAGAGGAGCAUCCUUUCCCAGGGCAGGGGAGGCAAGGUGGGGGCUGUCCUUCCCCAACCAUCCCUAGUCCCUGUGCUCUGGACAAGUCAUCCUCCUGGGACCCGACCACCAGGUGCCCGCCCACAUGGCUGUGUGGCUGUCCCCCCUCUGACCAGGGGAACAGCCCUCAGGGCAGCAGUUCCCGUGGGCUCCCUGUGCUGGCUCACAUGUGCGUGUGUGUCUUACAGAUUGGAUAUGGACGCCCUGAGGUCCGGCAGGGCCCAGGAGCGAGCAGGGAUCAUCUUGAAAUAUGAGCAGGGUCCCCGUAAAGGGCCCCAGUUUCACCUGGGAGAAGAGGACGAGAGUGGAGCCCUCAUCCCAGACAAACUUGGAUUCCUGCAUAAGCAGAAGCCGCCCAGGCAUGGAUGCCUGGCAGUGCAAUGGCGUAAACAUCAGGAGGGCCGCCGACUGCAAAAAUGGAACAAGAUGCUGCGAAAUUUCACCAAGUACCGCAGCAGCGAGAAGUUCCACCUGAGAAUUGAGAAAGGCAUCCCCGCCCAGGUGCGCGGCAAGAUGUGGGCCAUGAUGCUCUCUGUGGAUAACAGGAGGGCCCAGAACCCUGGCAAAUUCGAGGAGAUGAAGGAACGGGCCAGGUUGUGCUCAGAUCAAGUCCAACAGAUCGAUGAAGAGGUAGCACGCACGUUCAGAAGUCACAUCAUGUUUCGAGAGCGAUACGGAGCCAAACAACGCUCCUUAUUUGAGGUGCUCCUCGCAUACUCAAUGUACAACCCCGAACUGGGCUACAGCCAGGGCCUCAGCCAUGUGGCAGCCCUGCUGCUGAUGUGGCUGAGUGAAGAGGAUGCUUUCUGGGCCCUAGUCCAGCUCAUGGAGGACAGCCAGCACGCGAUGCAUGAUUUCUACACACCAGACUCCCCAAAACUGGAGCGAUUCCAGCACCACCUGGGAGACAUCAUGCAUCGCGUGCUGCCCUCCCUGGAGAAACACCUGGAGGAGGAGGGUGCGUACCUUGAGGACUACACCGCACACUGGUACAUCCAGUGCUUCCUGGAUGGGGUGCCGUUCCCCCUGGCACUUCGGAUGUGGGAUAUUUACAUCCUUGAGGGCGCACAUGUACUCACCGGCAUGGUGUACACCGUCCUCAAGGUCCACCGAAAGCGCCUGCUGAAGAUGUCCAGAGACCACAUCCGGGAGUUCCUGCAGGUGACCCUGAAGCAGGCCUGGUCACUGAGCGAGGAUGCGGUCAUCAGGCAGCUGCGGGCCUCCAUGCGUGAGCUGGGGAAGCUCCAGUGCCUCCUGCCUCCCGAAGAAAAGCCAACCGAAGAUGGCAGCCCGGCCCUGCAGGUGCCGCCUGGCUCUCAGGAGCACGCUCCCCCACCAGUGUCCAUCAAGACCAUCGUUGAGCGCAAAGGCUGUCACCCUGCUGCUGCAGCUCCCCAGGAGCCAGCGGGGGCUUCAGUUUCUGUCCCCGGGGAGACCGGUCCUCUCGGAUCUGCCGUCCAGCCCGACUCCAAGCAACACACCAAGGAGGAGAAGGGCAGUCGUGGCGAGAGCGGCACCCAGCCCCGCGGCCCGGGCUCCUCCACGGGGGCCUCAGGGUCAGGGGGCGCCGCCCACCUCUCGGGCCCACAGUGCUCCUGGCUGGACGAGCCAGGCCCCCUCCGGCGCUGGACUUCCCUGACCAAACUCAACGUGACCUUCCAAGAUGACGACUCCCACUCUGACAACGAGGAGUACUACAGCGGCCUGGAGCAGCAGGAAGAGGACGAAGAGGAGGAGGAAGAGGAAGAAGACCGGCCUGCUGAGUGUCCUGCGUCUCCCUGGCCAAAGCUGUUGCGGGACCUGAGAUUCGUCCUGCCCGAGACAAUUUUUGAAGAGGACGAGGAGGGAGGCUGUGAAGAGGGUGCCUCCCCAGAGCCCUCGUCCCCAGCCCUGUCUGUGAAGUCCUCAGAGUCUCUACGUGGCCCGGGCCUCUUGGCCCCACAGAGCUUGCAGAGCAGGGGAGACCUGUCCCGAUGGGCGGGCCUCCCAAAUCUCAGUCCGCCUGUCAAAGGCGCUGAUUUCUGGCCCCUGGAGCUGGGUGGCCAGCAGGGUCUCAGGGCCCCUCCCCCACCUGCCUCAGAGCCCCUGGAUCCCGGGCCCAUGCAGGCUGUGCCAGCCCUGGGAGCAGGGCUGAAGACACCCUCCCUGCAUGGGAGCCCCAUGCACUCUGGGGACACUCACGGGCUGGAGCCUGCAGGAGCCAGCCCUGUGCUGGGAGACCAGGCCCGUGUCCCCGCCCUGGCUCGAGGCCUCCUUGCUGCCCACUCCAUGGAGCAGCUGGAUGUGUGUGGGCACCCAGAGGGGAAGAAGAGCCCACCAGGUGUCCAGCUCAGACGGGCCAGAAGCUUAGCCUGUCUAAACACAGCGGCCACCCCGAUGGAUAAGGCUCCUCUCUGGAGCUCCUCUCCCCCAUCCUGAAGCCUCACCCAUGCUCAUCUCGGCCAAGGAGGCUAGCUUCUCUAUGCCCGCCGGCCUCCCUGAUGGUCAAGGCUCCUCUCUGGAGCUCCUCUCUCCCUCCCUGAGCUGCCUCACCCUAGCUCAACUCGGCCAGCAUCUAGCUUCUCUUUGCCCGGCAUCCUCCCUGAUUGACAAGGCUCCUCUCUGGAGCUCCUUUCCCACUCCCUGAGCUCACCCUAGCUCAACUCGGCCAGAAUCUAGCUUCUCUAUGCCCAGCGGCCUACCUGAUUGACAAGGCUCCUCUCUGGAGUUCCUCUCCCCCUACCUGAGGCCUCAGCUUGGCCAGAAUCUAGCUUCUCUGUGCCUGGUGGCCUCCCUGAUGGUCAAGGCUCCUCUCUGGACCUCCUCUCCCCCUCCCUGAGCGGCCUCACCCUAGCUCAUCUCGGCCAGCAUCUAGCUUCUCUAUGCCCAGCGGCCUGCCGACUGACAAGGCUCCUCUCUGGAGCUCCUCUCCCCUCCCUGAGUGGCCUCACCCGGGCUCAUCUCGGCCAAGGAACCAGCCCACUGCCACAGUUGCUAUGGGCACCCUCAGAGCAGGAGAUGAUGUAGGACACGAACCCAGGCACCUGUGGGCUGCCACAUACCCCUCCCGCCUUUGUGAGGGAACCCUGGAACUUCUGCCCCUUGUUGAUUCUGUAUUAAAUGGUUUCAGAAUGCCUUUGAUGUUGUGACCCC